AUGUCGUCGAUCUCUUCUAGGGUUCAGGUGUCUAUUUAUUCUGGGGGUUCAUUGUUACUUUCAUCGAAAGGUUCAACUUCAAAUAACCCAGAGUGGAACGUAAAAGAAUUGCACCACCUCUGUGUAGACUUACACGUAUUUCUGUCUCAAGAAUAUGACUCUUCCCAUCAUGCAGAGGCUUCAGUCUCCGAGACGUCUCAAUGCCCCAACUACUCCCUUACCCUCUUCAACAUCGUUGCCCAGCCCCUGUAUGAUGAAAAGAUCCGGCAUGAUGUUAAGGGCCAUAGGCCCGACCCAAUGGGCUUUUUCAAGCUUAGCCUAUGGGCUAGGCUUAGGCUUUGA